AUGAGUAGCGAACGAGAUUGUCUUAGCGGACACGCGCACGAUAACAUCGAGGGGUGCGGCGCAGCAUCGGAGGAGGCGCAGCUGCGCGCGGGGCUGUCGGGGCAGCGCGCGCACGAUUGUACCGCGUGGCCUGCGCACGUCCUUGCGUGGCCGUCUCCGCUGCCGUCACAUGCGCCACCGGCGCAGCCGCAGGCGUUGCUCAACGGCCAUGCGCGCGGGCAGAUGGGUGCGAGUCAGGCGCGCCAACCCCAGGGCCCCCUCAGCGCAGAGAGUGCGAGAGGCGGGGCAGCGGAGAUAGCCGGUCACAGCGGCCCGUCAUUGCCGCUGCUGCCCUUCCAACCACCCCUCACUUUCCGCGCCACUGCCGCGCAUCCCGUACCGUACUACCCCGCGCCCUUUCCGCAAAUUCCCCCAGACACUCGCUUCCCCUUGGUCCCCGGGCCCCCUGGUUCCUUUUCCCCGUACGUGCUGCAGCACACUAUCCGCGCCCCUUGCGGCAUCGUAAGGUUUUGCGCGCCUCCUGUUGGCCCCGCCCCUCCCCUCGCGACCUCCCCUUUCCUCUCCACGCCAAGCCCCCCCUGUGCGCGCCCCUCUCACCAUGCGCCAGCAAUGCCAGCAGCUGUCUCCCCGGGCGCCGCGUCACACGCACAGGUGGAGGCGGACGCGCGAGCAGCGAGAGCAGCGGCAGCGGCAGCAGUGGCAGCAGGUGGCGAUGGCAGCCGGUGCUCACCCCGCACGUCUGCAGAGGGGCCUGGCGCUGCCGCCGCUGCUGCUGCCUGUAGGGAUGCCCACCAGCCAGACGCUUCUGCUGCUGCUCGCGGUGGUGGCGAUGGUGCUUGUGCUGGUGCUGCUGCUGGUGCUGGUAAUGGCGCAGGAAGCGCUUCCAGGGGUCAGCAGCCACAGGGGCGGAGGCAGAGGGGGAGGGAGGGGCGGUGGGGACGAAUAGACAGAGGGCAGGGCGGGGCAGGGUGGGCUUCGGGCGGCCAGCAGGGGGGGGGAGAGCAAGGGGCGGUGCAGGGGGAGAGGGUGCAGCGGAAGCGGGAGUGCGUGUAUGGGGGCAGGGGAGCAGGGGGCAGUGGGAGCACGAGCAGUGCGUGCAGCAGCGGGGGCACCCUGGGGAGUGGUGCGUCGGUAUCAGCAUCUAAGCAGAAAGAUGGGGCGAAGGCGGGGGGCGGGCGGAAGAAGGGUACGGGGAGUGAGGAGGAGCAGCGUUUGCGGCAGGCGGAGAAGAAGAAGCGGCGGCUGGAGAAGGCCCUGGCCACGGCGAACGCCCUCAGGAGCGAGCUGCUGGAGAAGCGCAAGCAGCGCCGCCGCGAGCAGGAGCUGUGGCUGGACCGCGCAGGGCAGGCCCUGGCUGAGGCUGUUGCCCUGCGCGUGCUGGUGGAGGAGGAGGAGGAGGAGGAGGAUGGGGAGGAGGAGGAAGGGGGGGAGGAAGGGGGGGAGGAAGGGGAGGAGCGGGGGAAGGGAGUGGAGGAGGGCACAGGGAGGGAGGAGGACGAUGAGGAAACAGAGAGAAGCAGCAGUGCUAGUGAUAGCAGCAGUGGCAGCAGGGGAGGGAGCAGAAAAAGGGAAAGAGGCAGUGUGGAUAGUGUGGGUGGUGUGGGUAGUGUAGGUGGUGUGGGUAGUGUGGUGGCAUCAACAACAUCAGGUGGGGGUGGGGGGGCAGUGGAGGGCGAGGGGGAGAGGGGGGCGAGCAGCAGUGCGAGUGUGCAGGGGCGUGGGGCAGCGGUGACAGGCGUAGGAGGUGGGCAGAAGGAAGCGGGCGAUGGGUGUGCUGCACUGGCGUGGGGCAGCAUGUGCCUGAGGGACGGAGGUGUCCAUCCAAAGGGGGUGGCGGCAAGUGAUGGGGGGAGACAUCACAGAGCAGAGCGGGCAGAGGGGGCAGGAGGGGGAGGCGGGGAGGUGUCAGAGUCGUCCCACAACUCGGUGCACUGGCACACGGGUGGGCACACUGGGGUGGGACAGGGUAGGGCGCGCUGGUUGGAGGAUACGACCCAGAGAGGGAGUGAUGCAGUGCCGAGUGGGAAAGGGGCCUCGGGGAAGGCAGGCAGGCGGCUGUCACCAGCUGUUGCUCCCGUGGGCCCUGGCAGUGAGAGUGGGGGGACGGAGAGUGCUGGCGGUGGGAAGAGGGAGGGGCUUGGAUGUAGGGAGAGGGGAGAUGCUGAGGAGGACGAAGUGGAGGGAAGGCUGAGGGGCGCUUUGUUGGACCAGCUUGCUGUGAACUGCCACUCCCCUGCUGCCAGGCCCGCUGCUGCCUCCGCUGCAGCCAGCCAUGGGGCAGGCCCAGCAGCACCAACCGCAGCAGCAUCAGUCGUCGCAGCAGCACCAGACGCAGCAGCAGCAGCAGCCACAGUAGCAACUGCUGACUUGGGGGCAGGAAGGUGGGAAGGGGUUGGAAAGGUUGUGGAGUCAGGCAAGUUCACCAGGUCUGGAGAGGCAGCAAGGUCCGGAGGGCCAGCAGGGACAGCAAGGUCAGCACGAUCAGCAGGGCGAGGUGGGCCAAGAGAAGGUGAGGAGCAGGAUGGCGAGGAGAGCAGCAAGGGGUGUGAGGGGGAUGUUGGGCGGGCAAACGAGGCAGCAGCAGGUGGCAGGGCGAGGCAAGAGGCAACACACGGUGACACAGCAGAUGCUCUCAUCAGUCGCCUCCUCCUCCACCAUCCCACCUCCUCCCCCUCUCCCCACUGCUCGCCGUCACUUGCGCCCGCCCCCUCCCCAUUCACACUCUUCACAGGCCUGCAGCUCUCAGAGCUGCAUGUGGCUGUCAACAGCAUCGCUGCCGAGCCUGCAGGUCCGGCAGCAGGCUUGGCAGCAGGAAUUGGGGAGUGGAGUUUGAAUGAGGGUUCGUUGAUUCAACCACACAGGUCGAAUCAUGGAGCAAAUCUUGCUGAAGGGGGACGGGAGGGGCCGGGAAGGGCAGGAGCUGGGUGUGAGGGGGGGCACAUUGCGGGUGGCGUGGGUCUGACAGCUGGGCUGCGUGAUCAUGGGAAAUUGGCGGCAGGGGGCAGCAGGGAGACGGGCGAGCAGGAGGAGGAGAAGGGGACUACGACCUGGCCAAGUGGAAGGGGGUCGCGGAAAAAGGAAGUGGGAGGAGGGCCUUUGAGGUUCAGGAACGUGGGCAGUGGUGGGAGGUGGAUGGAGGCUGCAAGGGGGAGUGCGGCGGAAGAGAGGGAGAUGGCAGCAGGUAUGGCAGCGGUGCAGGCGGUGGCAGCAAUGCGCAUUGUGGAGGAGGCCAGGGCAGAGGCACACGCUGCUAGGCAAGCAGCACAGGAGGCUGGGCGAGGAGCACAGGUGGAGGAUGGGGAGCAGAGCGUGCAAGGGAACGAUGAGAGUGAGGCAAUGGUGGUGGAGGGGGGGCCGUGGGAGCUGAGGGCUCGGCUGCAGGAGACGGAGAGGCGGCUGCAAGAGAAGACUGCUCGCGUCUCAGAGCUGGAAAGGAGCCUGGAGGAGAUGACUCAGUAUCUGCAGAACCUCAAGGCCAUUCUGCCCGCUGUGCCUCUCGCUGCCGCUGCCUCACCACCUGCCUUGGGCCCGUCACUUGCUGCCGUGCGUGGAGGGGUGGCAGGGGCAGGCGUGCAGGAGGAAGAGGUGGAGGGGCAGGGCAUGAUGGCACCAGAGGGCAGUGGAGGGGAGGGUAGUUGUGGCAGCACUCGCAGUAGAUGGUAG